AUGUCUGACGUCGCCGCACUUGCUGACUCCGUGGCUGCGACCACUCUGACCGAUAAGCCCGAUACCAACGGUGCUACCCCUUCCACUCAGGCUGCCGAUGCCGCGGCUGCCAGUGCAGAUGAGGGUCGCCGUCUUUACAUCGGCAACCUCGCAUACGCGACCACUGAGGAGGAGCUCAAGGAGUUCUUCAAGGCCUACACCAUCGAGACCACCUCGAUCCCGGUGAACCCCCGUACCAACCGUCCCGUUGGCUACGCUUUUGUGGACAUUGCCACUGCAGCUGAAGCUUCUGCCGCUAUUGAGGCCCUCUCUGGCAAGGAGAUUCUUCAGCGCAAGGUAUCCGUGCAGCUUGCCCGCAAGCCCGAGCCCGCCGAGGCCAAGGAAGGUGCUGCCAGUGGCGGUGAGGGCCCAGGAUGGCCAGGAAGCCACCACCGAGGCUGUUGUCGGCGAAACCCCCUGGCCGAGACCACAAACGAGAAGGAUACUGCCUCGAAGACCAGCGAGGCCCGCGCCGCACGUCCCCAGAAGCAGCGCGGUCCCCCCGAGGAUGGAAUUCCUUCUAAGACCAAGGUCAUGGUUGCCAAUCUGCCGUACGACUUGACUGAGGACAAGCUCAAGGAGAUCUUUGCCGCCUACGAGCCUGUCUCUGCCAAGGUUGCCCUGCGUCCCAUCCCCCGCUUUAUGAUCAAGAAGUUGCAGGCUCGCAACGAGCGCCGCAAGACCCGCGGCUUUGGCUUCGUCAACCUUGCCUCUGAGGCGCUCCAGGCCAAGGCCGUCAGCGAGAUGAACGGCAAGGAUAUUGAUGGUCGUGUCAUCGCUGUGAAGGUUGCCAUUGACAGCCCUGGUAAGGAAGACGAAGAUGUUAACGCUGCGACCGAGACCGAACAGGCUGCUGCUCCUGCUCCUGCGGCUGCGGCUGCUCCUGCCUCUGCUCCUGCUCCUGCUGCCCCUGCCCAGGAGAACGCUGCUCCCGCCGUCACCACCAAGGCUUAA